UGGCCGUAGCCAAGGCUUCUCUUUGGUGGCUGCUGCUCGGGGUCCGUCGGGCCGCCCGCGCCCCGCUCCCCCUGCUGUCGCCGUCCCUGCGCUCCCGUGCUCGGCGCGAAGCCCUGGCCCCGGCGGCCGGGGCAUGGGCCAGGGGCGCGGGGUCAGGCGGCUUCCUGCGGGGCCUCGACCUGCACCGGCUUCGCCAUGAAGACCCUCAUAGCUGCCUACUCCGGGGUCCUGAGAGGCACUGGCUCCAGCAUCCUCUCCGCCCUCCAGGACCUCUUCUCCAUCACUUGGCUCAAUAGGUCCCAAGUUGAAAAGCAGCUACAGGUCAUCUCGGUGCUACAAUGGGUCCUGUCUUUCCUCGUGCUGGGAGUGACCUGCAGCAUCCUCCUCGUGUACACAUUCUGCACUGAUUGCUGGCUCAUCUCCGUGCUGUACUUCACCUGGUUGGUGUUUGACUGGAACACGCCCAAGAAAGGUGGCAGGAGGUCACAGUGGGUCCGAAACUGGGCUGUGUGGUGCUACUUUCGAGACUACUUUCCCAUCCAGCUGGUGAAGACACACAACCUGCUGACCACCAGGAACUACAUCUUUGGCUACCACCCCCACGGCAUCAUGGGCCUGGGUGCCUUCUGCAACUUCAGCACGGAGGCCACAGAAGUGAGCAAGAAGUUCCCUGGCAUCAGGCCCUACCUGGCCACGCUGGCCGGCAACUUCCGGAUUCCAGUGCUAAGGGAGUACCUGAUGUCUGGAGGCAUCUGCCCCGUGAACCGGGACACCAUAGAUUACUUGCUUUCAAAGAAUGGGAGUGGCAAUGCCAUCAUCAUUGUGGUGGGGGGUGCAGCUGAGUCCCUGAGCUCCAUGCCCGGCAAGAAUGCUGUCACCCUGCGCAACCGCAAGGGCUUUGUGAAACUGGCCCUGCGCCACGGAGCUGACCUGGUUCCCAUCUACUCCUUUGGGGAGAAUGAGGUGUACAAGCAGGUGAUCUUUGAGGAGGGCUCCUGGGGCCGAUGGGUCCAGAAGAAGUUCCAGAAGUACAUUGGCUUCGCCCCAUGCAUCUUCCAUGGCCGAGGCCUCUUCUCCUCUGACACCUGGGGGCUGGUGCCCUACUCCAAGCCCAUCACCACUGUUGUGGGUGAGCCCAUCACCAUCCCCAAGCUGGAGCACCCGACCCAGCAGGACAUCGACCUGUACCACGCCAUGUACAUGGAGGCCCUGGUGAAGCUCUUCGACCAGCACAAGACCAAAUUCGGCCUCCAGGAGACUGAGGUCCUGGAGGUGAACUGAGCCCAUCUGCAGGGGCCAGCUUCUGGGAGGAACCAGCUGCAAACUGUUUUCUACCAAGUUCUCGAGUCUUUUUUGUUCUGUAAAUUUGGAAGUGUCAUGGGUGUCUGUGGGCUAUUUAAAAGAAAUUAUAAUAAUUUUGUUAAACCAUUA